AACCUCAGUGAUUACUGAACGACGACCGAGGACGUGAUCAUUCACAAAAGCAAGCGGAUCUCAAAUGGAUCCUUAAGUCAAAAUGGAUCCGUUUGACAGCGCCGAUUCUCUGGAAGGGCCAUCAAGGUCUGCAGCGACAGAUACAGAGGUAUCGGAGCCGUGGUCGCGCUUCUCUGCCUGGCUCGAGUGUGUGUGCGUCGUUACCUUCGACCUCGAGCUCGGACAAGCCAUAGAGCUCAUUUACCCCUAUGAUGUCAGACUCACGGAAAAGGAGAAAACAAGUAUUUGUUACUUAUCCUUUCCUGACUCAUACUCAGGAUGCCUCGGGGACACUCAGUUCAGCUUCAGACUGCGGCAGUCGGUGGGCCGCAGUAGCUAUUGGUUUGGACAGGAGGAUGCUUACAACAAGGAUGCACCUGUGGCCCUGCAGAAGGAGCACGCACAUUUCCACGGGUAUGUGUAUUUCAGGCAAGUGAAAGAUGCGUCUGUCAAAAGGGGCUACUUUCAGAAGUCCCUGGUGGUGGUGUCCAGACUGCCGUUUGUGAACCUGUUUCAUUCGCUGCUGCAGGUCAUUGCUCCUGAGUACUUUGAAAAGCUCGAACCUUGUCUGGAGACAGUUUGUAACGAGAUUGACCAAUGGCCAGCACCAGUACCAGGGCAAACCCUCAACUUACCUGUGAUGGGUGUGGUGAUGCAGGUCAGAAUUCCCUCAAAAGUUGAAACGCCAGGAGGAAGCCCUCUAAAACAGCCACAAACAGAGAAUCUGCUUCCUGCCCCCACGGUUCUUCCAUCAGUUCACGAGCUGGAUCUUUUUAAAUGUUUCCAGUCAGUCCUGAUUCAUGUGCAGAUGUUCUGGGAGCUCAUGUUGCUAGGAGAGCCCGUGGUUGUUAUGGCACCCUCUCCAACCGUCUCCUCGGAGACUGUGCUGGCCCUGGUCAGCUCCAUCACCCCACUGCGCUACUGUGGUGAUUACCGACCGUACUUCACCAUUCAUGACAGUGAAUUUAAGGAGUACACCACCAGGACUCAGGCUCCGCCCAAUGUGAUACUGGGUGUCACAAACCCUUUCUUCAUAAAGACCUUUCAGUGCUGGCCACACAUUAUUCGCCUUGGAGACCUUAAGAUGACUGGUGAUUUACCAAAGCAAGUGAAGCUCAAGAAACUGGCAAAGUUAAAAUCACUGGAUACUAAAACAGGUAUUUACACAGCAUACAAGACCUUCUUACACAAAGACAAAGCCCUCAUCAAACGACUCUUAAAGGGUAUCCAGAAAAAAAGGCCAUCAGAGGCGCAGAGUGCCAUUUUGAGGCGGCAUCUGUUGGAGCAAACGCAUAGUUUCAUUCUUCCACUGGAAAGUUAUUUGGAGAGCCUCAUGCCGCCGCAGAGAUCUGUGUCUCCAUGGAAGACACCUCCUCAGAUCCGGUCCUUUAGUCAGGAUGAGUUCAUGAAGACCCUGGAGCAAGCAGGGCCGCAACUAACGCUCAAAGGAGAUUGGACGGGCCUGUACAGGCGUUUCUUUCGUUCGCCUAAUUUUGAUGGCUGGUAUCGGCUCAGGCACAGAGAGAUGACUCAAAAAGUGGAACGCCUUCAUUUAGAGGCCAUCUGUGCGGCUGACCUGCUGACGUGGACCAAAGACAAAUCAGAGGUGGAGAUUGUUGACCUCAUCCUAAAGUUGAGGGAGAAACUGAUGAGAGCUAGAAAACAUCAGCUUCCAGUGAAAGAAGAACUUCUGGAGAGAUUAGAGAAAUCCAUCCAGACCAUCAUCAGCUCCUUGCCAGAGGAUCUACAGACAGUAUUACACAGACAAUGACAAUCAGACCCACGUGAACACUGACCAGCAGAUCCACUGAGACAUACACAGAUGUCUGUCCAGAAUCUACCAGCCGUAUAUGAACCCAUGACUCCUGCACAGGUGUCAACCAACAUUUCUUCUGGUAAACCCAUACACUACCACUACGAGGCCUUUCAUUUUGGAUGUACAGUACUGAAGUGAAACAGCAGAUACUACAAUACAAGGUUCUAGAUGGCACAAGAAGAACACAGAAAACAUUGAUUCUUAGAUUGAAAUCAUUUUAAGCCCUCGGCUAGGCUUCAUACUAUAUUUGAGACAUCUGCUGAAUUGCAUUUUAACAUGCAUCAAGUAUUUAAAGCCUGCAGUCAUUUAGCACUGCAUGAACAUGAACUUUAUUUUACAAGUCAAAAGGAUGAACAAAUUGACUCUCUAAUUAGCAUAUUACACAUUUAUUUAACAUAUGCAGUAAAUGAUAUUCAAAUGUAUGACGUGUUCAUUUAAGUUGCUUUUAGGAUUAUUUUUUUCUUAUUAAAUAUCAAUGAUUUUAUUCCGGUGAUAGUGUUUGUUAUUACUUAGGGACAAUAUGUAGCACCGUAGUAAACCUGACUCGUUUGACACUUUCGGCAUUUAUUUAUCCAUUAUGUACCUUACCUGACCUUUAACAUUUGCACAGAAGCACCUCUACAGUGUUGGUUUGCCAGUUUUUUUUUUUUUUAUAUUACAAGUUAAUUGUCUAGGCAAUUGUAUGACGAUUUAGAUUUGAUCUCAAUCAGGGCUAAAACUAGACUGAUUAUAAUUGAUAAUCAUUAUUGAGAGUAUAAUAUAGUCCAGGAUUCAUGAAGGACUGAGCAGUGGCAGUGAAACUUGGUCACAUGAGCGAAUCAGUUGAUGUGUUUCAGAAUAAGUUUUGUGAUUGGAGAUGGUCAAGUUCAAUGUCACAAUCCCAUCAUGUAUAAGAUACUCUGUAUAUAUUGUGUUUCCCAGUCAUGAAAUUUUCCCUUUUUUUUAAUACAACCUGAACUUUAUUUGGUUGUUUUACAGCACUUUUUGUUCAGUUUUGAACCUCACACUGCACUUUUUACCCAUAUUUUGACUUCUUAAGGUAGUUUAUGUAGUAGGUGUAUAUUCUGUGA